UAAUGGAAUAAUAAGCUGCAGCAACUCAAGAUAAAACUCAAAUUUAAACACAAGCUUCAUCUGCUUAAUAACCUUAAGCUCAAGCACAAAAACCAAAAACAGUCCUCUCUGAAAUCAAACUCUAAAUUUUAUUAUUAGAAAAGGCAGUCAGUUCUAAAGACAUCAAAGCAAUUCAAAAAGUAUCAAUCUUUGUUAAAAAGUUCAGAAAUGUAAUACAAAUUUAUUAAUUUUUAGACUGUAAAGUCUCAUCAUUUGGUCAAACUCUUUAAUACAUUCUUUCCAAAUGUAGCAGUUUAAUAAGGAAAUGAUUUUGAUGCCAAUUUCACAGAAGAUUUAGGAUUAAGUGCUCAAGUUGUUUCAAAAUUAACUAAAAUAAUUGAAGUAAAUGUAUUCAUACAAUGCCUUUAUUUAAUUUGGCUCUUUUAAUAAAAAUAAUCAGAAGCUUAUGAAUAAGUGAAUGUACUUGGAAAAUAAUUAUUAUAAUAAGUUCAAUAAAAUAAUAAAAGAUAUUUAGAUACUCUAUUAGGAGUUAUCUAUGAAUAUUUAUCAAAAUCACAUGAGAAAUUAGGCAAACUCAAUUAAAUUAGAGAGUAUUUAUAUGUAAUAUUAAAGUGUCUUAUUUGAAGGUUAUAGAAAUGCAUGUUAAAAUAGAGAUGAAAAUGGUUAAGCAAUUUUAAUAAACUUAAUUUUAAGAAACUUUAUUCAUUAUAAUUAGUAUGAAUAAAGUUAUAAUUUCUUAAAAAAGACAGAAUUCCCUGAACAUGCUUUUGGAAAUUAAUAGGCUAGAUUCUUAUAUUAUACUGGACUCAUUCAUGCAAUACGAGGUGAAUACCAAGAAGCUUAUAAAAAUCUAACUUAAGCAAGUCAUAAAGCUCCAGAUAAUACAGCUUUUGGAUUUAAAGUUUAGGCUAUCAAAGUGAUUGCAUUAGUUGAAUUGUUACUAGGUAAUGUUCCAAAUAGAGAUACUUUCACUUCUCCUGAAUAUUAAUAAGCUCUUUAUCCUUACUAUAGAAUUGUUUCAACUGUUAUCAAAGGAAAUUUAGGAGAAUUCCAAUAAGAAGUAGCAAGAUCAGAAAAUAUAUUGAGAAGAGACAAACUUUUUAAUUUAAUUUAAAGGUAUUAAGUUUUGAAUAAUUUAACUUUAGAUUACCAUAAAUAGUUAUCAAGGCUGGUUUAAGAAGAAUUAAUUUAUCUUAUUCUAGAAUUUCAUUAAAUGAUAUUCAUGAAAAAUUAAAUCUUCCAAGUUAAUGUAAUGCUGAAUAGGUUGUAGCCAAAGCUAUAAGAGAUGGAACUUUAGCAGCUGUUAUUGAUCAUGAAAAUUAAAUAGUUAUAACCAAAGAAACUAAUGAUCUUUAUGGAACUAAAGCACCUUAAGAAGCAUAUGGAGAAAGAAUAAAUAAUUGUUUAGGACUAUAUAAUUAAGCUGUUAAAGUAAUUAAAUAGUAAAUCUAUUUAGGCUUUAUAAUAUUAAAAUCCAGAAUAUGAUUAUGGAGAAAAAUAAGCUGAUGAUGAAUUAACAACUGAUGAAUUAUUAAGUUUAGCUGAGCUUGACUUUUGAGU